GGAGCGGCGGGGCCGGCGCCAUGGCCGAGCGGGGCCGCCUGGGCCUGGCCGGCGCGCCCGCCGCGCUCAACACGCCCGUGCCCAUGAACCUGUUCGCCACCUGGGAGGUGGACGGCUCCAGCCCCAGCUGCGUGCCCAGUUUGUUUCCUGCAGUCAGAGUGGCCUGAUGGGCAGAGUGCGCUGGCCUUCCCUUGGGCUCCCGCAUGUCAGCGGCUGUCAGGAACAACCCCAUUUGCCCCCAGCCUGGAGCUGUCCUGCUGCCUGAGUCAGGGGCCCUGCUGCCAGGGGAAGCCCUCGUGUCUGUCUCCUGGCUCAUCACCAUCAUCCUCCAUGUGCCCUGAGGGCCGCACUGUGACAGGCUGGCCGUAGGCCCAGGAUGGGAGUCGGAGCUUUGUGUCGGUCUUAGUUUAUAAAGGUGACUGAGUGACGGUGCAGAGAGGUUGUGCAGCCUGACCUUGAAGAAGCUGGUGGUGUUCAAGGAGCUGGAGAAGGAGCUCAUCUCGGUGGUGAUUGCUGUCAAGAUGCAGGGCUCCAAACGGAUCCUGCGGUCCCAUGAGAUUGUGCUGCCCCCCAGCGGACAAGUGGAGACCGACCUGGCGCUGACCUUCUCUCUGCAGUACCCUCACUUCCUGAAGAGAGAAGGCAACAAGCUGCAGAUCAUGCUGCAGCGGAGAAAGCGCUACAAAAACCGAACGAUCUUGGGCUACAAAACGCUGGCGGCGGGCUCCAUCAACAUGGCCGAGGUGAUGCAGCACCCCUCCGAGGGCGGCCAGGUGCUGAGCCUCUGCAGCAGCAUUAAGGAGGCGUCGGUCAAGGUGGCCGAGAUCUGGGUCUUCUCCCUGUCCAGCCAGCCCAUCGACCACGAGGACAGCGCCAUGCAGGCGGGGCCCAAGGCCAAGUCCGCAGAUAACUACUCCGAGGAGGAGUAUGAGAGCUUCUCCUCUGAGCAGGAGGCCAGUGACGAUGCCGUACAAGGGCAGGACUUGGACGAGGAGGACUUCGAUGUGGGGAAACCCAAGAAGCAGCGGCGAUCGAUAGUAAGAACGGCAUCCAUGACCAGGCAACAAAACUUCAAGCAGAAGGUCGUGGCGUUGCUGCGGAGGUUCAAAGUGUCAGAUGAGGUCCUGGAUUCAGAGCAGGACCCUGCAGAGCAUGUCCCUGAGGCAGAGGAGGACCUGGACCUUCUGUAUGACACGCUGGACAUGGAGAACCCCAGUGACAGUGGCCCGGACCUGGAGGACGAUGACAGUGUCCUCAGCACCCCCAAACCAAAGCUCAGGCCCUACUUCGAAGGGCUGUCACACUCCAGCUCGCAGACGGAAAUCGGGAGCAUCCACAGUGUCCGGAGCCACAAGGAGCCUCCGAGUCCCGCCGACGUGCCUGAGAAGACUCGAGCCCUGGGAGGCAAGCAGCCAAGCGACAGCGUCUCGGACACGACCCACGGGCUCCUCGGGCCUGAGACUGGCCCCCGAGGGGAGGCUCCCGCAGGACGUGCCUACCAUCGGGCCCCCUUCUCUGCAUCUCAGAGCACACCUGCCCCCGGGGAGCAGCCCGCACAGCCCGAGGACAGCCCGGAGGUGGAGACCUCUGCUCUGGACGUGUUCACCGAGAAGCUGCCGCCCAGCGGGCGGAUCACCAAGACGGAGUCCCUCGUCAUCCCCUCCACCAGGUCCGAGGGGAAGCAGGCCGGCCGCCGGGGCCGGAGCACGUCCCUGAAGGAGCGGCAGCCCGCGCGGCCGCAGAACGAACGGGCCAACAGUCUGGACAAUGAGCGCUGCCCGGACACGAGGAGCCAGCUGCAGAUCCCCAGGAAGACCGUGUAUGACCAGUUAAACCACAUCCUCAUCUCUGAUGACCAGCUCCCUGAAAACAUCAUUCUCGUCAACACCUCCGACUGGCAGGGGCAGUUCCUGUCGGAGGUCCUGCAGAAGCACACGCUCCCCGUGGUGUGUACGUGCUCUGCCGCUGACGUCCAAGCGGCCUUCAGCACCAUCGUCUCCAGAAUACAGAGAUACUGCAACUGUAACUCACAGCCGCCGACCCCCGUGAAGAUCGCCGUGGCGGGAGCGCAGCAUUACCUCAGCGCUAUCCUGCGGCUCUUCGUGGAGCAGCUGUCCCACAAGACCCCCGACUGGCUGGGCUACAUGCGCUUUCUCAUCAUCCCGCUGGGUUCCCACCCCGUGGCCAGGUACCUGGGCUCCGUGGACUACCGCUACAACAACUUCUUCCAGGACCUGGCCUGGAGAGACCUGUUCAACAAGCUGGAGGCCCAGAGCGCCGUGCAGGACACACCGGACAUCGUGUCGAGGAUCACCCAGUACAUCGCAGGCGCCAACUGUGCCCACCAGCUGCCCAUCGCAGAGGCCAUGCUGACCUACAAGCAGAAGAGGAAAAAGAACUUUCAUUUUGACUUUACCCUCAGCCCUGACGAAGAGUCCUCUCAAAAGUUCAUUCCCUUCGUAGGGGUGGUGAAAGUUGGAAUAGUGGAACCGUCCUCAGCCACGUCAGGUGACUCAGAUGACGCGGCCCCCUCGGGCUCCAGCGUGCUCUCAUCCACCCCACCGUCCAUGUCUCCCGCGGCCAAGGAAGCCUCACCCACCCCGCCUUCCUCCCCGUCAGUGAGCGGGGGCCUGUCUUCCCCCAGCCAGGGCGUCGGUGCCGAGCUGAUGGGGCUGCAGGUGGAUUACUGGACGGCAGCCCUGCCCGCAGACAGGAAGAGAGAGGUGGAGAAGAAGGACCUGCCCGCCACCAAAAACACGCUCAAGUGCACCUUCCGGUCUCUCCAGGUCAGCAGGCUGCCCAGCAGUGGCGAGGCCGCGGCCACGCCCACCAUGUCCAUGACCGUGGUCACCAAGGAGAAGAACAAGAAGGUGAUGUUUCUGCCCAAGAAAACCAAGGACAAGGAUGUGGAGUCCAAGAGCCAGUGCAUCGAGGGCAUCAGCCGCCUGAUCUGCACAGCCAAGCACCAGCAGAACAUGCUGAGGGUCCUCAUCGAUGGUGUGGAGUGGAACGAUGUCAAGUUCUUCCAACUGGCGGCCCAGUGGUCCUCCCACGUGAAGCACUUCCCCAUCUGCAUCUUUGGACACUCCAAGUCCACCUGCUAGCCCUGCCCUGAAGCCCUGGACGGCGAGCGCCGGGAGGGCCCAGCUGCUUUUCUGUUAACGUUUCAGUUUACUACAGAGACCCUUAAAAACACAAAGAGAAACAGUCUUAAGUAUGAACGUGCUCUCAACCUGGAAACUCAUGGGGAGGGCCCCCCCCCUGGAGCCCAUUAACUGCUCUGCUCAUUAACCAGAUGUGCCGGCGGGGUGGGAGGCCAGGUGGACAGCGCUGAGCUCUGAGAAUCACAAAAGGUGUGUUUUGGCCUCAGGACCUCCCGAGCCCCCCAGCAAGAAGGGUCCUCACCCUCGCGUCCUGUUCUUCCUGAAAGCCAGGACUCUGCUUCCUCAGGGAGCUGGGGUCAGGCGGGCGGCCUCACAGAUCCACGGGCUGCUUGUGUGCCCAGACACAGAGCUGGGUGGCUGGAGGCUGAAGGCCGGCCUCCUGUUGGGGGCGCCCUGAGCAGAACAUGGCGGCCGGGCAGCCCAGGCCUGGGCCCAGCUGCCCACCAGCCGAGAGAUGCCCCAGCACCACCCACUUGUGGUUCCCAAUAAACUCCAGCCUCGUGGGGCAGCGGAGGUUUUAUAGUAGCAGAUAUUUUUAAUGCUUUUAAAUACAUGUUAUAAUGUAGCUGCCAAACAGACAGUGCUCUUCCGAUGUCCCAGUGGCCCCUGGGGCUGGGGCAGAGCCAGCCAGCGCUGUCCCGCGUCCCAGCCCCCAACACCCGCCUCACUCUCCCUCUGGCUGUUCUUGAGCCAUCACUAUGCUUCUGCUGGUUGUCCCUGCCCCAAAUUUAGCAAGCACAGUGGCCCCCACAGCUGGCCCCAGCCCGCUCGGCCUCCUCCUCCCACCUGGCCCCCAGGCUGGCUAGGGGGGUGUCUGGGCCGAUACAGCACUCAUGUGGCCAGUGAAAGCUCAGGCAGGGCAGCCUGGCCUCAGGAGCCAGGCACCACUGGAACUGUAGGUGCAGCUGGGGGUACCCUGAAGAGGCACAGAGCCCUGGCCUCUCUGGGCCAAGCUCUCUAGAGCAAGGUUUUGGGUUUGGGUCCCACCCUGGGUGGUAGCAUCACCCCCUGCCUUUCCAUGUAGCAGGAAAGGGACAUCCUGACCUGCAGCAAGAGUCCAACCCAGUCCCGCUGCUCCCCCCGCAACCCUGCAGCCCACUUUGCAUGGGAAGAGCCCACCAGUUCCCAUCCUUUGGCAGCUGUGGCCCUGGGAUCCUGGUAGCCCAUCCAGGGGGCCACACUGGCUAUGCUCAGAACACAGUGCCAAAUGCAGGGCAGGCUGCAGGCCAUUCCUGUUCUUCCAGAGGACAGGCCUCACCAACAGCCCAUGGCACCGACAGGUCUGCCCCUGGGGGAGUGAGCGAUGGCCCACUCUUCUUAGCUGUGACCUACCGGCUUCCUUCCUCCCCCAAGGCAGUGGCCCCGGGCUAGUCAGGGAGCAGGAGGACAUGGGCCUGACCUUGUGUAUGGCCCUGCCUCGGGGGUGCCUGUGGGCAGAGGACCUUCUCCAUGAGGGCCCAGACUCCUCCCCUGACAGCUCCUGGGACCAGGGGCCCUAAGCCGAACCCUGGCCUGGAAGGACGGGGUCAAGGUGCAGGCUGCUGAGCCCCAGCAUCUCCCGUGGCCUGUACCCUCAGAAGUAGGCCCUGGGACCUUGAGCCUCCCUGCCCUGGUUCCCGCCACUGGGUCUCAGGGCCUUGGUCACUGGGUCUCAAGUUUCCUUUCCAAAAGUCACACUCAGCAGGAAGGAGGUACAGGGGAGGCUCCUGACUUCACUUUCUAGCCGCAGAACUGACUUUAGAGGAAGGGGCCAAAUGGGGGGCAGUCACAUCCUUUCUGGCUGCGGGCAGUCCCUCUCCUGGGACCAUCCCUCCCUCCACCCCCACCCCCCGUCCACUUCAUAGCUAUGUCCUCAUUCAUGCAAGGGGAGCACCUUUACCCCGGGCCUACAGAGCCCAGUUGCGGUCUGUCCUGUUCCUAAGUGCCAUGGGGCCCACCCGCCACACUGUCCCCAGGCCCAGGAGGUCAUGCACACAGCCCCAGGCACCGUGACUCCCUCAGAGACCUGGGCUGCGCUCACCCCUGUGCCUCGGCUUCCCCAAUGGCUCAACAGGGUUGGUCACGUUUCCCCUGCCUACCUCAUGGAGCUGUUCUGAGGAUCCAUGGAAAAGCACUUUGUCCCUCCCAGGAAGAGGAUGCAGAAGCCAAAGCCAUCCGUGACAGAACCGUGCAGCUGUGAGCACGUAGGGGUGGCGUGGGGGUGAGGUGUGUGGCCCCGGCAGAAGCAGCCCCCCCAGAGCAAGGGUUCUCAGCCCACCGGGUGACCAGUUGGAACUUGGGACUCAAAGGGCAAGCCACCCAUCACUGCUAGGCAAGGCCGGGCGGGGUCCCACUGCUUCCUCGCUCCUCCCAUGCCCGUCCCCUGGGUCACUGUCUCCUCAGGGCAUGCUGGCCAGGGUCCUGAGUCAGUGUCAUGGCUGCAUCUCGGGGAUGGCACUCAAGGACGGCCUUGCUGCCCUGUCCUUGCCCCCAGACGGGAAGACCAGACUCCUCUCCGGGGCCUGGCCUUUGUCCUGGAGCAGAUUCCUCGUUAGGAGACAGGGCCACUUGCUUCUAAGGGCUGCCGGAGCUCCUACGCCUGCCCCUUGCCCCCUUCCACACCUGGCCUCCGUGGGCGGAGUCGGGAGAGCGUGUCCCCCGCAGGAGCCCGCGCCCGAGGGCUGCGCUUGGCGGCCACCGCGGGGGGCCUGCAGGGAGGGCUGCGCUUGGCGGCCACCGCGGGGGGCCUGAACCUGCAGGCCGAGGAGGGCCGCUCUGCGUCUCGGCAGACCCCGUCCAGCUCAUCGUGCAUUGUUUAGUUUCUAGGAUAUACGUGUUGCUAGGGUUUUUUUUUUUAAUGGAAAACAGGAUUAAUGUAAAUAGCCUCUUUGGGGAACAGAUUCUAAUCUGUCACGUAUGUGACCACGUGGACUAUUUUAAGGUGCUGAUGCAACACUAAUAAACCUGGGGGCACCCCCAGGCCUUCCUCCC